AUGUUUGCUCAGAAUGGAGAUUUGGAUGCGGCCGCGGAUUGGAGGAACUCAAGAGUAGUUUCCAGCCCAAUUAAUGCCAAAAGUACAGGAUCAGAUGUGCAAGCACUCCCCAUUGGCAGAUCUGCUUCCGGAUCCUUCCUCGAAAGCCAAAAAGCUGUCCCUGUGCUUGUCGCAAAAAAAGUAAAUGUCUCUUCCGGAAUCUCAAAACGGAUCAAGGCUUUAGAAAUGUUUUCUAGCCGCGAAGGUCAACCACCCCUGGCGCCGCAGCCUCCUCCAUCAACAAGCACGUCGUCAUCCCCAUUUGAAAAAUUCCGCAAACGGGCUUCGAUAUCCCAAUCUAGCCUACCUCCUGCUCCUGUGCUCCUGAGCAAGUCGCCAUCCUACACAUCAGCUUCGCCUUCAGAAAGCCGAGCUUUAUCCCCCAAUCCCCCGAAACGGACUGACAACCAAUCAGUUAAUACUCAAACCCGAGGAAAAUCAAAUUCGGUCUCAGUGACAGCCCGCAUCAUCCGAGAUCCAACCGUACCUCCCAAUGAACCUCCAGCUGACCCCUCGGAACUCGGUGUCCUCAAUCUACAGCGCAGCCCCCUUAUUGUUGAGAGCGAUGCACUCCGAUCCCCUCGUCGCCCUUCCACUUCAACUGUCACCCGGCCAGAGAAACGUAGCCUGUCUACUUCAUCUAGCACUGGAUCAGGGCGCUUAUCUACCAGCCGGGGCGCACUUCAUUCCGAUUCUAUAUCGGGUGGGAUGCCCGCCUCGUCUCGGUCUCGACAUGAGGCAAAUAGUCCACACGCUUCAUCUGACGUCUCGUACAACCCCCUUGACCGAGUCGAUGAAACAAAGGAGGAGAAAAAACAGUCUAGGAAAUCGCGCAUUAUUCGACGCAUGUCAUCAAUUACCUCAAAUUCUCGACGGGGUAUAAUAAACGCGUUAAGCCCGACCUUGAAGGAGGAAUCACAGCUGCCUUCGCUGGCCGAUGAAGGUAGUACCCCUGAGCCUCCUCAGGUAGUUGAUAUCGGCGAGGUCAAUGUUCAGUUUCCAGACACCUUGCUCUGGAAACGAAGAUUCAUGCGCAUCGAUGACCAAGGCUAUCUCAUUCUAACUCCUGGUACCAUUGAUGGGACUCCUCGCAAUAUUGUCAAGAGGUAUCAUCUCUCGGAGUUCCGGGCCCCAUUCUUGCCGGAUCAAGAUAGACAGGAACUGCCAAACAGCAUCGUGCUAGACUUCCUGGAUGGUAGUACCUUGCAAUGUGCGUGCGAGUCAAGACAGGGACAAAACAGUAUCCUUCAAGUCCUCUUGGAAGCCCACCAGGCUUACGAACAGCUAUUUCCUAAACAGUAA